AUGUAUGUGAAAUGGUUUGAUACAGUAAUGUUUUACUAUGUGAUUUUAGUGAAUUUAGUGAAUGUCACUUUUUGUCAUUUUCAAAUUUCCCGCCAUUCCGUCCCCCGUACGUCCCGACGCUCGCAGAGGACGGAACCCAGAUGACAGAUGCCGGCAUUUGCCGGAUUACAUUGCCGGGGACACUGCAGGAGGGACAUUGCGGGAGCGCAGGACAAGGUAAGUGACCGAGGGAUUGCGGAGCACCGCCGCAUGGUAAGCCCGAGUGUAGUGUAGCUCGGGGUUACCACUUGUGUUACACUCGGGAAUCCCGCCAAGGAACCUACCUUAA